AGGUUAGUUCUUUGGAUCUCAUUCUUUUAUUCGAUAAUCUAGGGUUUUAUAUUUUCUCUUAUGUUAGGAUUUUAUCACGAUUUAGAAAUUAGGAAUAUAUGAAUCAUUAAUUGGAGAUUUACGCAUUUUCGUUGUGGAACAUGAAGGUAAUUCUUGUUACUUGGUGUACGCAUAUUCUUCAAGGGUUCUUGAAGGAAUUCUUAGUUUCUAUGGGUGACUUAUUAUACAGAUGCAGUGCAAUUUGAAUUUCUGAAAAGUGAUGUUGAGAUGAGGGUAAUGAUAAGAAGUUUGUUAACUGAUUCUUUUGAUUUGAUUGCAUAAGGGAGAUAUAAAUGUUAUCUUUGUGGAGUCUAUACAAGGUUAAAUCUGUUGAAGAAAUUGAGAUUGUGUUUUGGUUUCCUAUGUAGACUCUGCAAGGUUAGAUAUACCUUUUUGUUGUUUCUUGUUUUGCUACUUAAACUAUAAAAGCUCUUGUAUUUGAACCCUGUACAACUAAUUAGUAACUGCUUUUGUUGGUUCUCUAUUCGAAUUAAAUGAACCUUAGUAUGCACAAAAAUGGUAAUAAGCAUUGCUUCGUUUCCUUUCUUUUUUAAAUCAAGCUUACCAUCCUUUUUGCCUCACGGUCUGUUUUUCAAAUUCAUAGUUUGUUUGAUUAACUAAUGAAUAUUUACUUUUCUUUUAAAUAAUAACCAUUUCUGUUCUUGGCCACACCAUAAAAUAGUCAAAGAGGUAGAGGAGUCACUGCAAACAAAUCAUUGUGUAGAUAAUAAAUUGAAGCUCAGGAUUUCCUUGAUGAAGGUGACUUAAGCUCCAAUUCAUGAUGAGAACAAAUGGCUUAGCGAUUCAUAUUUUCUUUUGCUGAAUAUUGCUUUGAAAUUUGUUGAAAGUCUGAGGGCUUCUUCAUUAUAUACAAUAGGCGUUAAUAUUUGUUUUUGUUUUGUUAAUAUUUUCCUGCUAGCAAUUUAUUUUCUGUGGAAUAACCAUGGCAUUGUUGGAUUUUUUGGUGAAAACGGAAGGGACUUGGAGGAGGAAGAGAGCCAACCGGGAGUUCCCUCUUUGUUGAGGUGAGAACUCUAGUUUUUCGUUCUUCUUUCCAUUUGCUGCCUCUUGUGCAGCUUUGACACCACAGCUCCAACAGGCAUUAUGUGAUAGGAAACAAAACUGAAGAUAUUUCUAUAGAAUGGUGGGAUCAUAUGUAU